GCCCAACGCAGCCAAUGCAGCUCGAUGCAACCCGUCGCCCCGGCUCACUAGAGCGCCACCAGCCCUAAAAUGCACCACCAGGCACCGGGCAGCUCUUUGUAGCCGUGCAGCGAAGCCUUCGUACUGGGCACAAGGUCCACCGGGAGUCGCUGUCUGUCUGGAAGUAUUUCUAUAUGAGAACAAAAGAGUUCAUGGAGAUACCUCGUAGAAGCUGCACGCUCGUUUGGAUUAUUUGAGGGGUUGUUUUUUUUGUUUGUUUUUUUUAGCGAGGAAUCAACAGGACGUCGUUUUUAUAACUUGUGGCGGUUCUGAGGGUCUCGAGUCAUGGCGGAGCCGGAGGAGACUUUUGGCCUGAAAACCUCCUCCCCCGGUGGUUCUGAUUCCAGAGAGGUUCCCAGCGAGGGGAAAGCCGAGAAAGCCAACGGGACGUCCGGCAAGUCGCCGUCCUCGCAGGCGACCUACAUCCAGCAGGGCAUGGAGGGUAUCAAAGUGUACCUCCACGAGAGGGAACUCUGGGUGAAAUUCCACGAGGUGGGCACCGAGAUGAUCAUCACCAAAGCUGGGAGGCGAAUGUUCCCCAGUUUUAAAGUGAAAGUCACUGGCCUGAAUCCCAAAACCAAAUAUAUCCUCUUGAUGGAUGUAGUCCCUGCAGACGACCAUCGGUACAAGUUUGCUGAUAAUAAAUGGUCUGUGACCGGGAAGGCCGAGCCCGCCAUGCCCGGCAGGCUCUACGUGCACCCGGACUCACCCGCCACAGGGGCGCACUGGAUGCGGCAGCUGGUCUCCUUCCAGAAGCUCAAGCUGACCAACAACCACCUGGACCCGUUCGGACACAUCAUCUUGAACUCCAUGCACAAGUACCAGCCCAGGAUCCACAUCGUCAAAGCGGACGAGAACAACGGCUUCGGCUCCAAGAACACGGCCUUCUGCACCCACGUCUUCCCCGAAACGGCCUUCAUUGCCGUGACGUCCUACCAGAACCACAAGAUAACCCAACUUAAAAUUGAGAACAACCCAUUUGCUAAGGGCUUUCGGGGAAGUGAUGAUAUGGAACUCCAUCGCAUGUCCAGAAUGCAAAGCACUAAGGACUACCCAGUCGUACCUCGAAGUACCGUGCGUCAAAGGGUGGGCUCCAGCCAGAGUCCCUUCAGCGGCGAAGUCCAGGGCCUGGCCACCCCGAGCGCCCUGAGUUCCCAGUACUCCCAGUGUGAUAACGGUGUGACGAGCACCUCGCAGGACAUGCUGCCCCAGUCUGGCUCGUAUCCGCUGCCCCAUGAGCACGGCCAGGAGUACCACUGCAUCAAGAGGAAAGCCGCAGUGGAGGACGACUGCCACUCGGGUGAGCACAGCUACAAAAAAUCCUACCUGGAGAGCUCGUCCAGCGAGGACGACCAUUACUACCGCCCGGUGGGUUACGCACAGAGCCUGGGCCUGGGCGCCGGCCCCUACAGAAACGAGUCCAGCCAACGACAGGCCUGCAUGUACGCCGCCGCCUCGCAGGGUUCCGAAACUGUUCCCAGCUUGGAGGACAUCAGCUGCAACACCUGGGCCGGAGUGUCGCCCUACGGGAGCUGCUCGGUGACCACCAUGCAGCCCAUGGAGCGACUGCCCUACCAGCACUUCUCGGCUCACUUCACGUCAGGCUCUCUGGUGUCCAGACUCGGCGGGGUGGGGAGCCACGCCUCGCCCCAGCUGGGCGACGGUCACCAUGCAGCCAUGUAUCAGAGUUCCAUGACGCACCAGACUUUGGGCCGCCAGUGCAGUCCUGGCGCUGGGAUCCAGUCGCCGACGGCUGGCCUGCAGGGGAACGAGUAUCUGUACGCGCACGGCAUCCCGCGCACGCUAUCGCCACAUCAGUACCACACGGUACAUAGUGUCAGCAUCAUGCCAGAGUGGAACGACAACAGCUAGGGGAGCAUUUAAAGGGUCCACUUAGGAAAGGAAGUCAAGAGAACUUGCCAAAACAAAACAGCAGGAUUUUUUGUUUCUAUUAAUAUUUGUACAUUUCAGUGAUCAUAGGAUGGCGGCAUUCUCUGCACUUAUAAGUGACUCCAAAAAGACUCCAAAAAAGGUCGCCAUGUUGAAAGUAGCGUUGUACAAAUUGCUUUUUAUAUUCAUGUCUUGAGGGACUUUCCUUAUGUGUUCAAUGAGUCCAGGUUCUCAGUUUCUUUUCAAAGCUGCCAACUUCCUUUGUGGUGAAACUUCAGAAGCAAAUGGGGUUUCUAUGGUGAACUAUCCCACCCAAUUCCAGCAUAUCUUUGUUUAAGCUAACUCUUCUACUCCGCAGCCGCCGGAUACAAAACGAUCUAAGUGUGUGAAAACGUGCACCCGUCCUGUGUUGCUUGGUUAUUAUUAUGGUGACAAAUACACCAAAUUGAGGUGCUGUUAUUCAACUCUGAAGGGUGACCCCCAAAAAGUCGGAUUGACUUCAAAUUUCUCCCACAGCUCAGUGCACUCUCCGAAACUCCAAAAUGGCCACUAACUUUUGGGGUUGUUAGCUGAAUCACCAUUGAGACAUUUUUUUUUUUAGAUAAAUGAUUGCCUCCAAUUUACAUUGGCUCAGUUUUAUCCCAUGGUUGACAAAAUGAAGCAUGAGUGCAAAGCAUGCAGUUCAUGCACGAAGACACUGAUACUGAACCAUAUUCCUGACAAAUACACCACACAGUGGCGCCGUAACUUUAGGGCGUUUGGUGAGGAGGAGACUGUCAAGCACAUGUCGAUCAAAUUUUGGCUUGGUUAAAGAACAUGGCGCCCUGUGAUUGGCUGGCGACCAGUCCAGGAUGUACCCCGCCUCUCGCCCAAAGACAGCUGGGAUAGGCUCCAGCAUCCCCCGCGACCCUCGUGAGGAUAAUUUAUGAAAAACAUGGUUGACAUGUUGACUAAAAUGUCUAGUUGUCCGUGAUUCACUGACCAUUUGUAUAAUGAUUAUAUCUGAUUGUAUCUGUACUGCAUGUAUGCUAGCAUGCCUAUCCAAGCAUUUUGAGCACAACCCAGAGGGGGCACCACAAAUGGUUUUCGUCGGGCAGACUUCCGUGGAGGGUGCGGUGAACUGUCGGGGCGGACCAGCCACCAUGUAUGAAUUUGUUGUACUCCGAAUGCAAUUUGACUCUUGAAUACACGCCAAUGCUGGUUUCGGUUUCAAAUUCAGUCAGUAACAGUACAGUACAAAUAAAUCUAUGAUCUAUGAUCAGUUUCUCAAUAGUAUUUCAAAUUGGAGGGCGCAAAAACAUUUUUGUCCUCCACUGGGGGCAUGACAGAAAAUAACCACUGAAUUACGGCAAAGAACGACCUCAUCACAUUUGUUUGGAUGGAUUUUGGGCUUGAGCCAGAGGCUAUCCCAGCUGACGUCUGGAUGAGAGGCAGGGUGCAGCUUGUACUGGCGGCCAGUCAAUCACGGGGCACGUAUCGACACACAGCCAUUUAAACUGACAUUUACAGUAGAGUCUCCAAUUAACAUGCCUUAACCAAACCCAGGGGCGUCACUAGGUUCUGAGGACAGGGGGGGCUUAGCCCCCUGGAGAUGCACAGGAUAUGAAUGAAUGUAGUAGACAUUAAAAAAAAUCCCAAAAACAAAUAAGGAACAAGAACCGGGAUAUACCUUUCCCACUUUUGGACAGAUUUAGUAGAGAUACUCAAUUGUUUUAGGCCACCAUUAAAUGUUCCCAAGUACACACAAUCUACACUGCAAAACCGCUGCUCAAGCUCUGCAACCAUUCUGUCCAGUGGACAGUGAUCAAUUAUAUAAUAAUCAUUAUUAUAUUAUUAAUUAGCCUAUUAUUAUUACUAUCAUCAUUCUUCUUCUUCUGAUUAUUACUACUACUACUAAUAGUAGUAGUAGUAAGCUAGUAUUAGCCUGCUUAUCGGCUUGCUUAUUAGCCUGCUUUUGCCCUAUUUUAUAAAAUUUGUCAGAUUUUAGGGGGGCUGAAACCCCCUAAAACAGGCCUAAUGACGCCACUGACCAAACCAAACUUAACCUGGAAAUACUAGUGGGAAACACACACAAGAUUAUGGAAGACUGUGCCAUCAAAUACCGCCGAUUUCGAACCAGGGUCCAGGCUAACAGAGAGACUCCAUCCCGGUGUCCAGGUUUGACAUUGUAGUCCUGCAAAGUCAAUGCACUGCAAUCCAGCAAUUAACAACAAACUGCAGUAUACAGAAAGGCACGUUUAGUCCAAUAAUUUAGUUGAGACCAUUACUGUGUUGUGGGUUGUUCCCAACGGUGUUCCCAACUGGCACUUCUCUCACCGAACUACAUAAAUGAUUCUGUAAGAGCAGCAGGGCACCACGGGUGGACAAGUGCUUAUCGUUGGUAGAAUGUUAUUUGUCAAUAGUAUUUAUUUGUCAGCUAUCACCUUGUUUGUAUCAAAGAUAGACGGUUCCAUUUUUUAUUGCCCGUUUUUUUUGUCAUUGUAAUUUUGGAACAGGAGAUUCAGUAUGUAUUGAUUUUUGCGCACACAAGGAUGUCUUUGUAAAUAUGCCUGUAUAUACCAGAAAACCUCCAAUAAAUUUUGA